GCGGAAAGCAGAGCCAGCUGCCAGCUGCGCCGCCAGUCACUCCAAAGGACCCUCACACAGUCCAGCUGCUUAGAGUAUUAACAUGUCUGCUCAAGAGGAAAGAGGCCGGGAGUCCUCCAAACCCAAGGGCAAGACCCUGAGCAGCUUCUUGGGGUUCCUGCCUGGCUUCAGUUCCUCCCGGAACCAGGUGGCCAACGCUCACAGCUCAGCAAGAGAAGCCCAGCCUGCAGCUGAUCCCACAGGUGCUCCCACCCCCAAGACCACCCAUCCCCAGGCCCAGACAGCUACUGACCCGAAGCAGAUGGCCAGGGAGGUGGAGGAGCUGCCGUCGCCUUCAGACAAGAUGAUCUCUGGGGCGAAGGACCUGGUGUGCUCCACGAUGACCAAAACCAAAGACGCCAUCUCGUCCGGAGUGGCCAAUGUGAUGGACUCAGCUAAAGGUGUGGUCCAGGGAGGUCUUGACAUGACCGGACCUGUGCUCACGGGAACCAAGGAGGCUGUGGCCAGUGGGGUCGCAGGGGCAGUGGGUAUGGCCAAAGGGACCUGUCAAACUGGUGUGGACACCACAAAGACUAUGCUGACCAACACCAAGAACACAAUCUACAGUGGAGUGACAGGUGCAGUGAACAUGGCCACAGGAGCUGUCCAGGGGGGCUUGGACACCUCAAAGGCUGUCCUCACAAGUACCAAAGACACAGUGUCCACUGGCCUCACUGGGGCAAUGGGUGUGGCCAAGAGUGCCGUCCAGACAGGUGUGGACACCUCCAAAACCAUCCUCACUGGCACCAAGGACACAGUGUCCACUGGCCUCACUGGGGCAGUCGGUGUGGCCAAGGGUGCCAUCCAAACUGGCAUGGACACCACCAAGACUGUCUUGACUGGCACCAAAGACACUGUGUCCACUGGCCUCACCGGGGCGGUGGGUGUGGCAAAGGGUGCCGUCCAAACUGGCAUGGACACCUCCAAGACAAUCCUGACUGGCACCAAAGACACCGUGUCCACUGGCCUCACCGGGGCAGUGGGUGUGGCCAAGGGUGCCAUCCAAACUGGCAUGGACACCACCAAGACCGUCUUGACUGGCACCAAAGACACAGUGUCCACUGGGAUCACUGGGGCAGUCGGUGUGGCCAAGGGUGCCAUCCAAACUGGCAUGGACACCACCAAGACCGUCUUGACUGGCACCAAAGACACAGUGUCCACUGGCCUCACUGGGGCAGUGGGUGUGGCCAAGGGUGUCGUCCAGACAGGUGUGGACACCUCAAAGACCAUCCUGACUGGCACCAAAGACACAGUGUCCACUGGCCUCACUGGGGCAGUGGGUAUGGCCAAAGGUGCCAUUCAAACUGGCAUGGACACCACCAAGACCAUCUUGACUGGCACCAAAGACACAGUGUCCACUGGCCUCACUGGGGCAGUGGGUGUGGCGAAGGGUGCCAUCCAAACUGGCAUGGACACCACUAAGACUGUCCUGGCCGGCACCAAAGACACAGUGUCCACUGGGAUCACCGGGGCAGUGGGUGUGGCCAAGGGUGCCGUCCAGACUGGUGUGAACACCUCCAAGACUGUCCUGACCGGCACCAAGGAUACAGUGUCCACUGGCCUCACUGGGGCAGUGGGUAUGGCCAAGAGUGCCGUCCAGACUGGUGUGAACACCUCCAAGACUGUCCUGACCGGCACCAAAGACACAGUGUCCACUGGCCUCACCGGGGCAGUGGGUGUGGCCAAGGGUGCCAUCCAAACUGGCAUGGACACCACUAAGACUGUCCUGGCCGGCACCAAAGACACAGUGUCCACUGGGAUCACCGGGGCAGUGGGUGUGGCCAAGGGUGCCAUCCAAACUGGCAUGGACACCACCAAGACCGUCUUGACUGGCACCAAAGACACAGUGUCCACUGGCCUCACUGGGGCAGUGGGUGUGGCCAAGGGUGUCGUCCAGACAGGUGUGGACACCUCAAAGACCAUCCUGACUGGCACCAAAGACACAGUGUCCACUGGCCUCACUGGGGCAGUGGGUAUGGCCAAAGGUGCCAUUCAAACUGGCAUGGACACCACCAAGACCAUCUUGACUGGCACCAAAGACACAGUGUCCACUGGCCUCACUGGGGCAGUGGGUGUGGCGAAGGGUGCCAUCCAAACUGGCAUGGACACCACUAAGACUGUCCUGGCUGGCACCAAAGACACAGUGUCCACUGGGAUCACCGGGGCAGUGGGUGUGGCCAAGGGUGCCGUCCAGACUGGUGUGAACACCUCCAAGACUGUCCUGACCGGCACCAAGGAUACAGUGUCCACUGGCCUCACUGGGGCAAUGGGUGUGGCCAAGGGUGCCAUCCAAACUGGCAUGGACACCACCAAGACCGUCUUGACUGGCACCAAAGACACAGUGUCCACUGGGAUCACUGGCGCAAUGGGAGUGGCCAAGGGUGCCGUCCAGACUGGUGUGAACACCUCCAAGACUGUCCUGACCGGCACCAAGGAUACAGUGUCCACUGGCCUCACUGGGGCAAUGGGUGUGGCCAAGGGUGCCAUCCAAACUGGCAUGGACACCACCAAGACUGUCUUGACUGGCACCAAAGACACAGUGUCCACUGGCCUCACCGGGGCAGUGGGUAUGGCCAAGGGUGCCAUCCAAACUGGCAUGGACACCACUAAGACCGUCUUGACUGGCACCAAAGAUACAGUGUCCACUGGCCUCACUGGCGCAAUGGGAGUGGCCAAGGGUGCCGUCCAGACUGGUGUGAACACCUCCAAGACUGUCCUGACUGGCACCAAGGACACAGUGUCCACUGGCCUCACUGGGGCAAUGGGUGUGGCCAAGGGUGCCAUCCAAACUGGCAUGGACACCACUAAGACCGUCUUGACUGGCACCAAAGAUACAGUGUCCACUGGCCUCACUGGGGCAAUGGGUGUGGCCAAGGGUGCCGUCCAGACUGGUGUGAACACCUCCAAGACUGUCCUGACCGGCACCAAGGACACAGUGUCCACUGGCCUCACUGGGGCAAUGGGUAUGGCCAAGGGUGCCAUCCAAACUGGCAUGGACACCACUAAGACCGUCUUGACUGGCACCAAAGACACAGUGUCCACUGGCCUCACUGGCGCAGUGGGUGUGGCCAAGGGUGUCGUCCAGACAGGUGUGGACACCUCAAAGACCAUCCUUACUGGCACCAAGGACACUGUAUCCACUGGCCUCACUGGGGCAGUGGGUGUGGCCAAGGGUGUCGUCCAGACAGGUGUGGACACCACCAAGACCGUCUUGACUGGCACCAAAGACACAGUGUCCACUGGGAUCACCGGGGCAGUGGGUAUGGCCAAGGGUGCCAUCCAAACUGGCAUGGACACCACUAAGACCGUCUUGACUGGCACCAAAGAUACAGUGUCCACUGGCCUCACUGGGGCAGUGGGUAUGGCCAAGAAUGCCGUCCAGACUGGUGUGAACACCUCCAAGACUGUCCUGACCGGCACCAAGGACACAGUGUCCACUGGCCUCACUGGGGCAAUGGGUGUGGCCAAGGGUGCCAUCCAAACUGGCAUGGACACCACCAAGACCGUCUUGACUGGCACCAAAGACACAGUGUCCACUGGCCUCACAGGGGCGGUGGGUACGGCCAAGGGUGCCAUUCAAACUGGCAUGGACACCUCCAAGACCAUCCUGACUGGCACCAAAGACACAGUGUCCACUGGCCUCACUGGGGCGGUGGGUUUGGCCAAGGGUGCCAUUCACACUGGCAUGGACACCACUAAGACCGUCUUGACUGGCACCAAAGACACCGUGUCCACUGGCCUCACUGGGGCAGUGGGUGUGGCCAAGAGUGCCGUCCAGACAGGCGUGGACACCACCAAGACCAUCCUCACUGGCACCAAGGACACUGUGUCCACUGGGAUCACCGCGGCAGUGGGUGUGGCCAAGGGUGCCAUCCAAACUGGCAUGGACACCUCUAAAACCAUCCUGACAGGCACCAAAGACACAGUGUCCACUGGCGUCACUGGAACAAUGGGUGUGGUCAAGAGUGCUGUCCAGACGGGUGUGGACACCUCCAAGACCAUUCUGACUGGCACGAAGGACACCAUACAGAAUUGGUUACCUGGAGCCGAGGAAAGCUCCUGUGGUGGACUCAUCAAUGACUGGGACAUGGACAAAUGUGGGGAACAAACUGUACUAAGCACCCUGCAGGCUUCAUCCUGCAAUGUCUCCAGCCUCCCAGACACACACUGUGCAGGCCACGACCGUGCCAGAGAAGCCACUGCCAGCAGCCAGGGCCUUGUUUCCACUGUGGUACCAUUCCAACAAGGCUCCACCCUGGGCCCGGAGGAUGUGGGCUGCAUGGCCACCAUAUGCGGACAUGAAGGUGUCACGGGCUCUACAACACUGCUGGAGGAGCUGGGGGAGAUCUUCCACCCAAUGAAUGCCGAGGAGCAAGCUCAGUUGGCGGCUUCUGAGCCUGGGCCCAGGGUACCCGCAGCAGACCAGAGCAGUUACUUCGUGCGUCUGGGCGACCUGGCCCACAGCUUCCGCCAGCGGGCUUUUGAGCAUGCCAUGAGCCACCUGCAGCACAGCCAGUUCCAGGCCAGGGCCACACUGGCUCAGCUUGAGGACUCCUUUAGGCUGAUUAAAAAGAUCCAGCAGGCUCCAGAAGGACAGCUGUGGCCAGAACUGAGUCUCAGAGGUGGAGUGGAGAAAGCCAGUACCCAAGAGGUGCCAGAUGUGGGGGCUCUGUCCAAGGCCUGUGGACUCAUCCAGCAGCUCCAUGUGGCCUACAGCACCCUGGCCUCUGGCCUCCAGGGCCUCCCAGCUGAGCUCCAGCAGCGGGUCCGGCAGGCGCGGCACAGCCUCUGUGAGCUCUAUGGCGUCGUCUCCUCUGCCAGCUCCAUCGCAGAGCUGCCAGCUGAGUGCCUGGCCCAGAGCCAUGAGAGUGUCGGCCAGGCCUGGCAAGGGCUGGAGAAGCUGCUGGAGAGCGUGCAGCACAGUCCCCCGCUCAGCUGGCUGGUAGGGCCUUUUGACCUGCACCCCAGUGGGCAGAAACUAUAGGUCCUCCUCAGAGC